AUGAGGGCAUUUCAACCGAUCAGUCGGAUCAGACAUAUUGGUCGAAGAAACUAUGGCCCCUGGCAGUCUUCUCGUCCUAAAGUCAACCUACUACUGACCUUCGAUGCUUUCGGGACGCUCUUCGAGCCGAAGGAUUCGAUUGCCGCCCAGUAUGCUCAUGUGGCAUGGGAGCAUGGCAUAACAGGUGUGGAAGAAUCUGACAUUCAAGUGACAUUCAAGCAAGCCUUCAAGCAACAGGCCUCAAAGAAUCCUAACUACGGAAAGAAGUCUGGAAUGACACCUGAGCAAUGGUGGACCAGCGUAAUAACCAAUACAUUCACCCCUUUAACCAAAUCACCUCUUCCUCCUUCCUUAGCACACGCACUUCUCCAUCGCUUCGCCAGCAAAGAAGCCUAUAGACUCUUCCCAGAUGUCCUCCCGCUUUUGAAUCGCCUGAGGCAAGACACGCAGUACGAUACGGUCACGCUGGGGGUCAUCACCAACUCCGACCACCGCGUAAUAUCAAUCCUGAACGAUCUAGGAAUAGGAGUACGCGAGUACAAGUCUACUGUUCCAGGCCAACCACAUCCUGAGAAAGGUGUGGGCGACAGCGCGUUGAUUGAUUUCGUGGCCUUUUCAUACGAUAUUGGCUGUGAGAAGCCUGAUCGUAAAAUAUUUGACGCUGCACGAAGGAUCUGGAAGGACUUGAACCCAGAAGAUGAUUACGGUAUGCUGGUGCCAGUGCAUGCUGGUGAUGAUUAUCGUAAGGAUUUCUGGGGUGCUCAGAAUGCAAGCUGGAAUGCUAUCUUGGUCGACGAGAGAGUAAGGGAGAGCGCCGUUGCCAAUGAUUGGGAAAAGGGAAGCUCGGGUGAUUUCGUGGAAAGCCUUGAGCAAGUCUAUAACAUUGUAGAAGAGAUUGCCAGCGACAUGUAUUACCCUUAG